AUGGGGAUAUUAGCUGAUAUAAAAAAUUUUGUAUGCAAAAGUCGAGAGGUGGGGCUAAAAAUUUUUAAUCGAGGAUCCUGCAAAUUUAAAAUUAAAAGAUUUCAAAAUUAUUGUAAAACCAUUUUAUUUUACCUUUUUUUUUUUUAUUAUUUUAUUAUUUUUUUUUUAUCUAAAAAAAGGACAAUUGGAAAAAUCAAAAAAAGUUUAUAUAAAAAUAACACAUUGAUCUUCUAUUUUUUUUUAAAUUAUUUAUUUUUAUUAUUUAUUUGUAUUAAAAAUAAUAAUAACCAUCUAAAUAACAAGAAUGAGCGAAAUUAUUAG